UCGUUCAACAACAGUGGCGGGUAAAGAAACGGUGAAAGUUCUACUUUUGGUUUUCGUCUUGUUUUGAUUAUUUUUAUUUUUUUUAAAUCUUAACGAAAGUGAAUUAGUGGCCCGAGGCCUUUUGGAAAAGCAUCGCGUUUACGCUUUUUUGUAGUUUGUGCUCGCAGUUGGUAUUCGGAGCUUCCCUCUGGCAGCACGUGUUCUCAGCAAGUUCGAGUGAGUUCCUGUGCUUACAUAACUCAGAUCACUUCUUGGAAUGUCCGCACGAGGAGAUAUGUGCAAAGAAGAAAUAUUUUAGUAAUUACGUUUACCCAAACUUGUGACCCCUCGAAACUUUAUCGAACUUUGCAUACACUGGAUGCACUUAAUCGGAUGAAACAGCUUGUAAAGUUAACAGAUUUUAGCCAUUAGGAAUAGCCGCUACAUAUGCACUUUUUAAAAAAAUUGCUUAAUGUAUAAUGCUUAUUGUUUUGAGGCUAAUAUUUUGCGAGUUUUAGAAUUUUUCUAGUAAGCAAUGAAUGCGCAGACAUCUAAUGCCAUCUGAAACAUCUAAUGGGACUGUAUUUUUUAGUUUGCUACCAGUUUUUCCCUAAACUUUAAUUUCAUGGCUAUUUUAUAGACAAAUAUUAAACUGGUUAAAUAUGUUGGUUCAUAGGAGAAUAGUUCUCCGUUUAGGAGCAAUGUUUCUGUUGGUGACUCUUAAAACACAAGGUGUAGGAACGAGGUCCAUAACAGAAUUUGGACAACAACUGCAGAGCCCUGUGUUGGCAAUUGGCCCGGAGGAUAACAUAUCAAAGCCGUCGAUGGACUCUAGCACUUUUGCUACAGUUGUGCCAAGUUUCAAUGUUUCUGAAGCAUCAAAGUUUGACACCUUAAAUGCUGCUUCUUCUUCUACUGCAAUAAACGUAACUAAUCUCGCCAGUAGAGACAGUUCUAUUGUAGAAGAUAGUAAUGUGAUAAAUUCAAAUUUAGACAUUCACGCUGUUUCGAAUGACUCUGUCACAUAUUAUACGCACAAAUUAUUUAAAAGUGAUAACAUUACUUCAGAAGGGCAGGAACCGAUAAGUGAAAGAUCUUCAUACGCCGAACAUUUUAUUGAAGAGCUCACGGUCAGAAAUGGUGCUCAACUUGCGUCUAACUCUCAGGCUGCAACAAAAGAAAAAAAUAGUGUAUUUGAUAACACACGUAUUAAUGAUACCUUUCUUGAACCCGAAGUCUCAUCAACCAUUAGGACUCUAGAACAGGCUAUCAAAACUCCACACGAGAUUGGAAAUGAUGGCAGUUCUGAUGUUGCAAAGGAGAAAGCAGCUAUAAAAGCUUUCGGUGAAGAUAUCAAAAAACUGAAAAAGAAUGUGGACAGUUUUAAGGACAGUUUUAGAAAACUUUUAUUUGAAGGUGAUUCUGUAAGUAGCCCAGGUUCCAGUGAAGAUAAAUCAUCUGCCAACACGGAGGGUAAGGAAAAUGUGUCCUUAACUCCAAAUACAGAUCAUAGUCCUUUAAGAAGUGAUGAUGUUACUACAGCAAAUAUGCCUAGCAUGCAACAAAAAGCAAACGCUGUGAGUGAUGCUUUUACAGCGCAAAGUUCCGAAACGGUUAAAACUAGUCAAAUCAGUGGAUUUUUCCAAGGGAAUGGUGAAAGCAGCUCAGAAGUCUCAAACAGAAUUCAACCGAUUGAAUUUCGAAGAAUUUCGGCUGCAGCAUCGAAUAUCAGUGAAGUCAGUAGAAGAAUGGGAGCAUUCAUCCAGAAGCAAUACUGGGAUUCCAAUAAGGGAAAAGAAGUUAAGGAAGAUAAGCUGAUAUCAAGAGGUUUAGAGAAUCUCGUCCAUGGUGUUGAAGAAGAGGAAUCUGAAUUACCCUCACAUCAAGUGCUCCAACAAUGGGUGAAUCUUGAAGAAUCCUUUAGAGAAUCUGUGGAUGCUGUUGUUCGGCAAGCCUUGCCCUUACUAGUAAGAGCCUCUUCCGAGAUGCAACUAAGUAAUGGAUGUUAUACAAGUUUCUUUCAACUUCUAUUAGGACUACGGCGCCUCAGACCCUGGGCUUUCCAAAUGAUCGACGCAUUUGGGAAACCCCCUGCUGGAAUGCUUCAAGGAACCGUAACAUCAUUUGGAGCCUAUGAUGAAUGCGUCAAUAUCGUUGCUAUGGCCGAUUCAAAGAAACGAAUUCCAGGACAACAAUACUUCCGAGGAAAGUACUGUACAGUGGAGAUAAGGCCACCACUGCCACCGAAGCCUCAGUAUUAUACAAUGUACCAACCAGUCAGCGUACUUGCUAACUUUUCUAACGGUGACGAUAACGUUAUCCGCCAAGCCGCACGUCAAGCACAUGCCUUUUACUUCCUGACAUACCGUAUGGAUAUCUGUGUACCCUCAACAUGUACCCAAGAAGAUGUCAACAACAUGGCCCAAUUUGCUGCCAAGUAUAUAGACAUCGAAGUUGCAGUACCGAGAUGUAGUGUCAAAGAAAACUUAGAACUGGAUGAAAGUCAGGUGACAAUAAUAUGCAUUGUUGGAGUUCUUCUUGCAUUUGUGAUAUUUGGCACUUCCGUGGACACCGUGAGAGAAAUUUUUCACAAAACGAAAGCUGUUGGUCGAUGUCUUAGUAAUGCAGUCGCAAAAUUCCUCCUUUCUUUCUCACUCAACACGAAUGCCAAUCUUCUGUUGAAUACGGAUGGCGCCCAAAAUGGUCUCAAUUCACUCCAUGGAAUGAGAUUCUUUGGAAUGGGAUGGUUAGUGCUUGGUCACACGUACUUCAACAGCAAUGUACAGAUGUAUGGUAAUCUUUCUGAAGCGAGUGCCUUUGCCGAAGGCUUUCUUUUCCAGGUCAUCGUGAAUUCAACGGUAUCCAUCGAUACUUUCUUUUUUAUAAGUGCAGUAUUACUCUCCUAUUUGACAUUACAAAGUGCAAGCCAACAUGGAUACUACAGUAUUCCUCGGUUAUUUAUACGAAGGCUCAUAAGGGUGUUACCUCCUUAUAUGAUGGUAAUCGGAGCAACCCUGCUGCUUCCGCACUUAGGUUCCGGUCCAUUCUGGAAUGAAACAGUGGACCCUGUUGUGGAAUCUUGUAAACAAAACUGGUGGACUAACAUCCUUUUCAUUAAUAACUUCGUAACUACACCCGUACAGAGGUGUUUGGAACAUUCUUGGUAUUUGUCAUGCGACUUCCAACUUUUUGCCAUUGCUCUUUUUAUCUUGUUGGCUCUUAUAAAGCGUCCUGCACUUGGAAUUGCUCUUAAUGUGGUGAUGAUUAUGGUUUCCAUGGUGAUGACAGGUCUCCUUACGUAUUAUUACAAAGUACCACCAACAUUGCUCGCAAGUUUUCCUGAUCCUGAAGAGCGCAAGUUCUUGAAUCACGUCAUCAUCAGCAAGCCUUAUUGUCAUCUCGGACCUUAUUGCGUAGGUUUGGCAACCGGAUACUUCUUCUAUACAUGCAGAGAGAUCAAAUUGAAAACUUAUCAUCACAUCAUCGGUUGGGGAAGUGCGGUAUCUGUGACUGCAGCCGUUGUGUACGGAGUCUUGGAUUGGAAUAAAGGAAAUAUGCCUAGUACGCCAGCUGCUCUGGCUUAUGCUGCCACCCAUAGGACAGCCUGGGCUCUAGGUCUCUCCUGGAUAACUGUCAUCUGUGUUGCUGGUUAUGGAGGUAUUAUUAACAGAAUACUUUCUUGGAAGGUUUUCAUUCCACUGAGCCGGCUGACAUAUAUGGUUUACCUUAUACACCCUCUCAUACAGUAUAUUCUCACUGGAUAUAUACGGGAGAGAUUACAGACUAAUCAUAUUAUUUUGGCAUAUUUUUUCUUCGGACACAUCAUGACGUCGUAUGCCCUAUCUGCAGCGUGUUUCUUUCUGUUUGAUGGUCCAGUGGAAGCACUGAUGCGCCUGUUAAUGGGUGACUGCACAGCUCCUGCUCCAGAACUGGCCAAAAGCUCAGCUAUCAAGAAAGUAUCUAAUAACAAUCUACAGAAUGAAAAACAGAGAAAUCUGUAAAUUAACUUUUCUUCAAAGAGAAAUUCUUUUGGUGCUACGUCAUGUCUAACCAUUCAUCUGACUGCUGCCAACGCUGAUCUAAAAACUGGAUCGCAAUGUAUCCAAUAAUUAUAAAUCAGUCUUUCGAUGGCUGAAAUUCAAACCAAAGUGUUUCUUUAAAACGUGGAACAAUAUUUUUUAUUGAAGAACUGGUGGUCAGCAUACUACAAGGAAAUAUUGAUUGCUGGCCGAUUUUACACUGCCCUAAUGACCGAUGGACGCAAAGUUUUUGCACCAUCCAAUGAACUCAAAAAGUACUAUGAAUCAGAUUUUCGAAUAUUUAUUUUUUUAAAUAUGACAAUUGCAUUAAUAAAGAUUUUACAUGUUAACUAA